GUCAGGAGGGAAAAUAAUGCACUGGCUUCCUGAGGCCCUGCGGAGGCUGGGCAGGGAGAGGGGGCCAGGGGCAGAGGGGACCAAGGCUGGCGGCAGGCAGGCCGGCCGGGGCAGACGGGUCCUAAAUGGCAUUGUUUGAAGUGGCCGGCUAAUUGCACAGAGCAGCCUGAGCCUCAGACCCCGGCCCAGCCCCCUCCUCUGUCCUGGGUGCUGGCAUCUGAGCCUUUGGGCCGCCUGGCCACAUGGAACCAAGUCCUGAGCCUCCGAGUUUGGAAACAAUGAAGGGAGACACCAGGCAACUCAACAGAGAGGAGGACGCCAGCGGGAGGGAAGACUCCAUCAUCACCAAUGGGGGCUGCAGCGACCAGUCUUCUGAUUCAAAGGACGCGCCCUCACCCCCGGUCCUGGAGGCUAUCGGCACCCCGGAGAUCAGAGGCCGAAGAUCAAGCUCACGACUGUCCAAGAGGGAGGUCUCCAGCCUGCUAAGUUAUACUCAGGAUCUGACGGGUGACGGAGAUGAAGGGGAAGAUGGAGAUGGUUCCGACACGCCAGUGAUGCCAAAACUCUUCCGUGAAACCAGGACUCGGUCUGAAAGCCCAGCUGUCCGAACCCGAAAUAACAGCUUUGCCUCCAGCCGGGAGAGGCACAGGCCCUCCCUACGUGCCACCCGAGGCCGGCAGGGCCGCAAUCACGUGGACGAGUCCCCCGUGGAGUUCUCAGCUACCAGGUCCCUAAGGCGGCGGACCACAUCAUCAGCAGGCACACCGUGGCCGUCCCCUACCAGCCCCUACCUCACCAUCGACCUCACAGAUGACGAUGUGGUCCCCCAGAGCAGCAGUACUCCCUACGCCCGCCUGUCCCAGGACAGCCAGCAGGAGAGCUUAGAGUCCCCACAGGUGGACGCAGACGGUAGAGAUGCAGACAGCACCGAAUAUCAGGAUGGGAAGGAGUUUGGAAUAGGAGACCUCGUGUGGGGAAAGAUCAAGGGAUUCUCCUGGUGGCCUGCCAUGGUGGUGUCCUGGAAGGCCACCUCCAAGCGUCAGGCCAUGUCCGGCAUGCGGUGGGUCCAGUGGUUUGGUGACGGCAAGUUCUCCGAGGUCUCUGCAGAUAAGCUGAUGGCCUUGGGGCUGUUCAGCCAGCACUUUAACCUGGCGACCUUCAAUAAGCUGGUCUCUUACAGGAAGGCCAUGUUCCACGCUCUGGAGAAAGCCAGGGUGCGGGCUGGCAAGACUUUCCCCAGCAGCCCCGGAGACUCGUUGGAGGACCAGCUGAAGCCCAUGUUGGAGUGGGCCCACGGGGGCUUCAAGCCCACCGGGGUCGAGGGCCUCAAGCCCAACAACAAGCAACCAGAGAACAAGACCCGAAGACGCACAGCUGAUGACUCAGCCACCACCGACUACUGCCCCCCACCCAAGCGCCUCAAGACCAAUUGCUAUAACAAUGGCAAAGACCGCGGAGAAGAGGACCAAAGUCGAGAGCAAAUGGCCUCGGAUGUUACCAACAACAAGAGUAGUCUGGAAGAUAGCUGUUUGUCCUGUGGUAGGAAAAACCCCGUGUCCUUCCACCCUCUCUUUGAGGGUGGGCUCUGCCAGACGUGUCGAGACCGGUUCCUCGAGCUGUUCUACAUGUAUGAUGACGAUGGCUAUCAGUCCUACUGCACCGUGUGCUGCGAGGGCCGCGAGCUGCUCCUCUGCAGCAACACGAGCUGCUGCCGGUGCUUCUGCGUGGAGUGUCUGGAGGUGCUGGUGGGCACGGGCACAGCGGUGCAUGCCAAGCUGCAGGAGCCCUGGAGCUGCUACAUGUGCCUCCCACAGCGCUGCCACGGCGUCCUGCGGCGCCGCAGGGACUGGAACGUGCGCCUGCAGGCCUUCUUCACCAGCGACACGGGGCUGGAAUACGAAGCCCCCAAGUUAUACCCUGCGAUUCCCGCAGCCCGAAGGCGGCCCAUUCGAGUCUUGUCCCUGUUUGAUGGAAUUGCGACAGGGUACUUGGUCCUCAAAGAAUUGGGCAUCAAGGUGGAGAAGUAUGUCGCCUCAGAAGUGUGUGAAGAGUCCAUCGCAGUUGGAACUGUUAAGCACGAGGGCAAUAUCAAAUACGUGAAUGAUGUCAGGAACAUCACAAAGAGAAACAUUGAAGAAUGGGGCCCCUUUGACUUGGUGAUUGGUGGAAGCCCAUGCAAUGAUCUCUCAAAUGUGAACCCUGCCAGGAAAGGCCUGUACGAGGGCACAGGCCGGCUCUUCUUUGAGUUCUACCAUCUGCUGAAUUACUCACGCCCCAAGGAGGGUGACGACCGGCCCUUCUUCUGGAUGUUUGAGAAUGUGGUAGCCAUGAAGGUCGGCGACAAGAGGGAUAUCUCUCGCUUCCUGGAGUGUAAUCCAGUGAUGAUCGAUGCCAUCAAAGUGUCUGCUGCUCACAGGGCCCGAUACUUCUGGGGCAACCUGCCUGGGAUGAACAGGAUCUUCGGCUUUCCCGUACACUACACGGAUGUGUCCAACAUGGGCCGUGGUGCCCGCCAGAAGCUGCUGGGGAGGUCCUGGAGUGUGCCUGUCAUCCGACACCUCUUCGCCCCCCUGAAGGACUACUUUGCUUGUGAAUAGUCCCCCAGGCACACCGGGGCACUGGGGCUUGUGGGGCAGAGCCAGGACCCAGGAGGUGCAGCCCGGGCUCUGCCUUUCCUCAGCUCAGCUGUGUGGGGUCACACCGCAUACCUCGGUGGGAGCAGAGCCACCUGGUCCCCUCCUGGUAGGGGGAGCCCUAGGUGCCACCUCCUUGUGCACAAUUCAGACCUGGCCGCUCGGAGCGGCCGAACAACGGUGCUCAUUUUGUCUUCUCCGAAAACUUUAAAACUUGAAGUAGGUAGUAACAUUGCUUUUUUUCCCUCCUGGGUUUACCGCUCAGAGAAACGAUGGCUAAGAUACCAAAACCACAGUGCCGACAGCUCUCCAGUACUCAGGUUAAUGCUGAAAAAUCACCCAAGACAGUUAUUGCAGGACUUUAAUUUUUUUAAACGUCUGCGGCUCCUCGUUUCCAGGAGUGCACAGUGGUAGACAUGUAGCUAAGGGACGUUUUAAGGCCCAGGAUGUUUUUUUCUAGGGCUAGCAGAAAAGGAAAUGAUGUCUAUGUCUUUCUUGAAUUUCCCCUGGCAUGUCCCCCGGCCUCAGUAUAAAGGGCUGGGAUGCGAUGUCGGGGCCCAUUGAGAGUAUUUUCCACAACGAUGAUGAUUUCAGCAGGGAUGACAUCAUCAUCACAUUCAGGGCUACUUUUUCCCCCACAAACCCAAGGGCAGGGCCACCCUUAGCUAAGUCCCUCCCAGUGACUGCAACAGAACCCUUCGGGGAGCUCAGGAAGGGGUGGGCUGGGUUAUAAGCUGCCAUAUAUUAUAUAGACAGAUGUGGCUCCUCGCUACCUCCCUCUUCCCCAUGUGAGGGGAGUGAAGGAGGAAGCUUAGGUAAGACCCCCCUCCCCCACCAAAAAAGAUGCACCCUCCAGACUACUCUGCAGGCACAGGUCACCAGAUGAGAAGCACGACACCCUAAUUCCUCAGCCAUUUUCUAAACUCAGAAGCAGUGACAGCCAGGGGCAGAAGCACAUUCCUCGCACUUUCCCCUCAUCUAAGAGAUUGCAGGGGGAAACUACAAGAAAAAGCUCGACCCUCCCUCCAGGUUUUAAAGUCGUUUUUUAUUCCACGAUAAGUCGUUUUUAGGGGGAAUGGGAGGUCGGACAAGCUGCAUUUCAGAAAUGCUGUCGUAAUGGUUUUUAACACCUUUUACUCUUCCUACUGGUGCUAUUUUGUAGAAUUAAGGAACAACGUUGACAGGUUUUGUGGGAGUUUUUUUAUAUACUUUGUUUUUUUUUAAAUCUCAAACUUCUAUUUUUAUGUUUUAACAUUUUCAAAAUUUUUUUUUGUAACUGGAGCCACGUAACAAGUAUGGGGAAAAGUUGUGCCUUGUUUCAACAGUUUUGCUAAUUUUUAGGCUGAAAGAUGACGAAUGCCUAGAGUUUACCUUAUGUUGAAUUAAAAUCAGUAUUUCUCUA